GUGCUCUCUCAGCUGGACAGAGUAAAUCUCCAGCUUCAGCAUGAGUGAUCCUGACCUGCACACGUCUCUGGCCGCUGACUCGGGCGACUCUCCCGGGCCGAAGCUCUCCCCCGCGGGCUUCGCUGCGCUCUCCGUCUUCUUGGGCUUUAUAAUGACUUUCGGCUUUCUGAACAACUUUGUGGUCUUGGUGCUUUUCUGUAAAUUUAAGAAGCUCAGGACGCCAGUGAACAUGCUCCUGCUGAACAUCAGUGUGAGUGACAUGCUGGUGUGUGUGUGCGGAACGAGCCUAAGCUUCGCGUCCAGUGUGUGCGGGCGCUGGCUGCUGGGGAGGACUGGCUGCAUGUGGUACGGCUUCAUCAACUCCUGCUUCGGUAUUGUAUCCUUAAUAUCCUUGGUGAUUUUGUCUUAUGAGCGCUACAGCACAAUGACAGUGUAUAACAACCGGGAGCCAAACUACAAUAAACACUUGCUGGCAGUUGGGGGGUCAUGGCUCUACUCCCUGAUUUGGACUGUCCCACCUCUGCUGGGGUGGAGUAGUUACGGGUUAGAGGGAGCUGGAACCAGCUGUUCGGUGUCAUGGACUGAUCACUCCUCUAAAUCCCGUUCCUAUAUUAUCUGCCUAUUCAUCUUUUGCCUGGGUCUGCCAGUGCUGGUAAUGGUGUACAGCUAUAGCAGGCUGCUAUAUGCUGUCAAAAAGUUAGGGAAGAUUUGCAGGACUGCGCGAAAGCGAGAUUACCACCUAUUGAUUAUGGUCAUCACCAAUGUGGUGUGUUAUCUGCUGUGUUGGACACCAUACAGUGUGGUGGCCAUUAUGGCCACAUUUGGUCAACCGGGAAUCAUUACACCUGUUGCAAGCAUAGUCCCGUCACUUCUUGCCAAGAGCAGCACCGUCAUCAACCCAAUCAUUUACAUUUUCAUGAACAAACAGUUCUACAGAUGUUUCCUGAUGCUGUUAGGCUUUAAUGAAAGGUCAGAGAUGACAGAUGACAACCCUUUAAUGACCACCAAGAACAAAAUGAUCCAGCUCAAAAGCAUCAUGCACAGCAACCCCAAGUCCUGUACACCACCUCAUGCAUCUCCGCUCCUGCAGGAACACAGCUGCAUCAUGGUCACUGAGGAACAAAGCGUCACAACCUAACUUACGGUUGGUGGGCCAUGCUACAGUCUUUGUGUUCAGUCUCUGUAUCUGUGACACUGUCAAAGGCUAGUUUAUAAAACUGCUAAUCUCUUUUUUGCGAAAAGAAGGACGCCUGGCAUGAAACCUGUGCCAAGUUGUUGUGUGGAUUGGAUGGUCUGCUGUGGCGACCCCUCGACGGGAACACCUAAAAGACAUUGUAAUAUUCUUUUUGUGUGUUAACAGUGGUGAUCCAGACAGUACUUUUUGCUAAGACAAACUCUUAGUAAAUCUGUCUUUUGAAAGUAACUUCUGUUGUCUUAAGACUAUGGUGCUUAAUUUCCCUGUGAUGAUAGAUAUGUAUAUAAUAAAAUGCAGAAGCAUUUACUAGUUGUAUUUCAGUUAAAAGGUCCAAAGUUCAGGAUCCUUUGCUCAGAUUUUUGGAGUUUUUUUUUACAUUCUGUGUUUGUGGGUUUCCUCUGGAUCCCUUGGCUAUCACUCACUUCCUAAAAACGUAUAAUGGAGGACAAAGUGGAUUCGUCUCAUACUCGUGUUCCUGGUAAGGGCUUUGGAUCAGUCCCUAGAUCUCUAAUCAGGAUUCAGCUGUUAAGGGUUAAGGGUGGCUCAGUGGUUAAGGGGUUGGACUACUGAUCAGAAGGUCCCAGCUUUAAACCCAAGCACUACAAAGCUGCCUCUGUUAAAGCAAGGCCCUUUAAACUUUUGUGUAGUAAGAUUAAAUGUAAGUCAAGCGUCUGCCAAAUGCAAUAAAUGUAAAUGUGUCUAAAAAAUGUGUUUUCUGUGAUGAAAUCUAAAGUUUACAUAUUUAUAGAUUUAACUGCAAUUAUUCACUAUUAAAGUAUUUAAUAAGAUUCUUUAAACAUAAAAUUGCCUUUAAACUGCUCAUAAUUUCCCCUGUUCAUCUCCUGUUGAGUAAGACAGAACAGAUCGUUAGACAGACCAGAUUUGUUUCACAGUGACAAAGUUAGGGUUAUUUUUAGCUGUCUCCCCCUUUUUAUACACUACCAGUCAAAAGUCUGGAGGCACUUUCUAAUAAUAUGGUCUUUCCUGAUUUUUAUUCCUUUCUACAUUGUUAAACGAUGCAGAAGGCAUUGGUCUUCAUAAAAGUUUCAUCAUGGUGCUUGAUGGAUUUUGCAAAUGCAUUAGAAAAUACUGUUCUUGCAAGAACUAUUUCAGUACAGCAGACCUGCAUAUAUUUAAAUAAUUGACUGUAGUUGUUACUUAAUUACCUAAACCCAUAUGUCUUAUUUCAUGUUUUUUAUUUUAUUUUAUCCAGUAUUGUUCCAGAAUGUAGAAAUAAACACAAACCCCAUUUUGACUGGUACGGUAGGCCACAUUAGAGAUGAAUAAUUAAAUAUUUUAAGAAUUAAAAAAUAAAAAUGCGCUACAUUACUUCCUUAAACCCGUGAAUGUAUUUGCACCAAAAAUCGCGUAAACAACGUAGGCAUUACAAAACUCCUAAUACAUGCUAUAACACCAAAAGUAAUUGUACAAUUUGUGGCACAGCCAGGUGUGUUAUAUCCCCUCAUUAGUUCACUCACAAUAAUUAAAACAGUAGUUACUAUUAUGUGUUACAUUAACAACACAGCAAAGUGAAAGUGAUUGAUUGAUUAAUUGAUUAA